AUGGAAAAAUCGCCGUCCAACCGCGAUAAAAUGCGGGAGAUGUUGGAGUACUCCAGCAGCAAUGACGAUUUCAGGGAAUCUGAGGAUGAGUGGUCUCCGCUGCAUUCCAGCCCCGAACAAAAACGCAAGGAGAAGACUCAAAGAAAAAUGCAGAAUAUGUCUAAAUACGGCUGUUCGUUCUUCUUCCUCGGUGCCACACUGACUGCACCUUUAGCGCUUACAAUCUGCGCCGCAGAAGAUAUCUUGUCGGGCACGGUCUACGCGACUGGCUGGGUGCUAGUCGCAGCGGCAGCGCAAUCUUGCCUUAUGAAGAUCACAUUCCUUUGCUCGUCGUGUCUAACAAACCUCUCCCUCGUCACUAAGACGUUAGGGAUGUUCAUAUUUAUGAUAACGGGACUGUUAUUCUUGGCUUUCUCCGUGACAAGACUUGAUAUUCGCCUUAUAGGAGUGUGCUUUAUAUCCGCUGCGACAGGACUGGGGGAGAUGACGCUGCUGGUUUACGCUGCCACCAAGUUUCAAGAAGUCGCUCUGAGUGCGUACAUUGCUGGUACAGCUACAGGAGGCGUGCUAAGUGUUCUACCUUAUGUCGGAAUGACCAGCUGGAGCUCCAUAAACCCUCGCACCGCCGCAUUAGUACCAGUUUUCUGGCCGUCUCUACACUUGCUCAUCUUUGCCGUGAUGAAAACUAAGAAACUCACUGCCGAACUUAAAGGAGACUCACGCAUUCGCCAGGAAAUCUAUCAGUACGAAUCACAGGAAAUCUGGGUCCCGUUUUAUCAGGAACGCCUCAUGCAAAUGUGGAAAUCCCUACAUGAUUUUAUAAUGCUGUUCCUUGUCUACUUCGCAGUCUACCUCUCCCUCUGUGGCGUCCUCACGACAAAAGUGUUCUCUCAAGCCAAGGACUUUGGGCCCAGGGAGGACUUUCAGCACUACGUUCUGAGCACCAUACUUGGAGAGUUCCUCGGAAGGUCCUUCUUGUCCCUCCUACGUUCCAAGACCCCAGGGGUUAACUACAAGCUUCCGUCAGUGUUCGGAAUCAUUGCUGUGUUCUUGGCCGUAUUGUUUAUCCUCUCCGUAUGGUUCUCUUGGAUUUCAAGGAUCUGGGUUAUGUUCGUUGUAUGUUUCAUGCAAGGGGUGUGUUCUGGGAUCCAAGCGUCUAACUCCUACCAUGCCAUCGCUAACCGUACCCUUGCGGAGCAUGCGCAGUUUAUCCUGACCAUCGCAGGCCUAGCGGAGUCGCUCGGGAUGAUGACCGCUGGACUGAUUGGCCUACACACCGAGCCCGCAAUGCGCGAACACUGCCUGGAAUCUCAGUAUUAUGCUAAUCAAAGUUUUUGCAUGACACGCAUCAAAGAUGCGAAGUUCUGGGGCUUGGGGCAAGAAGGCCAAUUCCGAUGA